AUGAGCUCCACCACUAAUAUCCCUGAAGAGCGCCCUGUGGCAAAUUCAUCAGAGAAUGAUCCUUUAUUGGACCAUUCAGGCGACGUCACCCAAGAUGAACGGAACAUAUGGUUCAAUCUGAUCGCGGAUUCCGCUGGUCUUGCUCAGAUUGGGAUCUGGGUUUUCGCCGCCCUUGUAUGGUCCAACAUCUUAGCCCAACCAAUCAUCCUCUUCACGGCUCAUCCACUUCUCGCCAGCUCAGCUCUUCUCCUCCAGAUCCAAGGAAUCCUCAUUCUUCAACACACGUCCAUCGAAAAACCAUCCCAAAAACGCACGGGAGCCCACAUCCAUUAUACAAUCCAAUUAAUAAGCACCAUCCUCUUCCUCGCAGCCUUCAUAGUAAUUGAAAUUAACAAAGGCUCCCAUCCCCGCUUAACCUCCACGCACAGCAUUCUCGGCCUCCUCACCGUCAUCUUCGUCGUGCUCCAAUCUCUCUUCGGAGUCGUCCAGUAUUUCCUGCCAGAGUUGGUUCUAGGCAGUGUCGAUAACGGAAAGAAAGUAUACAAAUAUCAUCGUUGGAGCGGAUAUGUGGCGCUGCUGGUGCUGGAGAUUCCGGCUGCGAUCUGGGGGGCGACGCAGACGGACUACAGCAUAGCUAUGUUGCAUAUCCCGUUGUGGGCUGUUCUCACUGCGGCUGCCGCGGUGAUUGUUGGUGUGGGUGCGAGGAUUAGGAAGCAGAAGCUAGGAUUGGGAAAUUGA